GCUCCUGCCGUAUGUAAACAUGACCGGAACGCGGCUGUUUACAAACAUCUCGUGUCGCUAUUUCUCCGUUAACGUAGUUCCUACGGCGCGGAGGAAACCGACAAAGGAUGGAAAUUGAAAAUGCUCGGCCAUAUUUCUUCGGAGAUAUCGGCUGCUGGGCAGAGAGAACAGAGGUGCACAAGGCAGCGUCCCUCGGCCAGGCCUCCCAGCUGCAACACCUCAUCCGGGGCGGUGCUUCGGUCAAUGUGGUGGCGGUGGACUCCAUCACACCCCUGCAUGAGGCCUGCCUCCGCGGACAGGCCGAGUGCGUCCGCCUGCUGCUGGACGCUGGAGCCCAGGUGGAUGCGAGGAACGUAGACGGGAGCACCCCGCUGUGUGAUGCCUGUUCGGUUGGUAGCUUAGAGUGUGUGAGGCUCUUGCUGGAUCAUGGCGCCAAGGCCAACCCUGCCCUCACCUCCCGCACUGCUUCGCCCCUGCAUGAGGCCUGCAUGGGAGGAAAUGCAGACUGUGUGAAGCUCCUAAUUGCCAUGGAUGCUUGUUUGGAGGCGUACGACCUUUACUACGGGACCCCGCUGCAUGUGGCCUGUGCUAACGAUAACACAGACUGCGUUAAAGUGCUGCUCAAUGCAGGUGCUAAAGUGAAUGCUGCCAGGCUACAUGAGACUCCGUUGCACCACGCUGCCAAAAACAUGCGAGCUGAAAUGAUAGAGGUACUGGUGGAGUUUGGGGCCAACAUCUACGCCAGAGACCAUCACGACAGGAAACCUGUCGAUUACACCACGCCAGGCUCUCCGUCCGCAGCCUGCCUGCGGUUUUAUGAGGCCACUCCUAUGAGUCUGCAGCAGCUCAGCAGGUUGGCAGUGAGGAAGAAGUUGGGCACCAGAGCUCUGAAGGUCAUAGGUCAACUGCAUAUACCGAAACUCAUCAUCAGUUACCUGAGCUAUCAGUGAGUGUCACCUGGAGCAGGAGCUGGAUCAGUGCUCACAGAGAGAGCUGCAGCAAUCCGAGCAGAACACAGCAAAGGUGCCACCGCAGUAGAUACGAUAAUAGUAGACACACAGUUUGGUUACAAGCACAGUAUUUUCACUUGACUCUUUUCAAAGUAACACUUUCACCUCAGGACUUAAUACAAGGUUGAACAGUGGAGUAACUCAUCUCUUCUACUGGAUUUGUUUUAAGUGCUAUAUUUGCCCAAAUAUAAAAUUAUUUCAUUUAGUUUAUAGAGUCUAGCAUAAUUACUGAAUUACUAUAAUGCCAACACUUUAGGUUGUCAGGCUAAUAAGCAGUUUUUGAUUAGCAGCACUAAAAAAAAAAACUCCUGUCUGUCUGUUUGGCUCAUAGUUUGGCAGGUUUGGCUGCUUGUAGGGACAAAACAGUUUCCUAUGUUGGGGUGUUUUUUUUUUUUAACAUUUUGGGAACCGCUGCCAUAAUGGCCUCACUCUAAAGACCUGGACGACAGAAGCCUACAGUGUUUGACGUUGAGUCGAUAAACUCCACACAGAACUGCACUACACUACACUAAAAGUCAUAAUAAUGACACUUUAAGUUUAAAUGUGAUUAUAAUUACAUUUGCUAAUGAUUAUCUUGGAUGUCGGUCUGUAGCGUACUAUAAAAUUACUGCCUUGUGUGACAGAAGGUGAAAUAUCAUAGACAGGGGUCUGACCUGUGAUGUGAAACCUUCCUCGGACAACUUCUGAUGUUUAAUCGCCUAAUCUGACACAAUCUCGGGAGCCAAAAACACACUCGUGAAAUAUCACUAACUUUACCUAACAGAAAGCAGUGUUUUCAACACAUACUACAGAGAGCAAUGGAAAGCAGUUUUGUCCACAUUUCCUGUGAUUUCAUCGGCUGUCGGCAAAGUCAUAGUGCCUAAUUGUGUCUUAUGACCAUUGUGCAUACUGGUAGGGUAUGGAUGGUUAACCUGCUGACAGCAGAUAAGAAUCCUAAAGUUAAAAUCUAAAUAGCAGCUUCUUCCAGACAAAGCUGCUCCCUUUGGUUUCCUUCACCAGAAACUGUCUCAGUGACUUGGUAAACAUGAGCACCUCUGUUUUUUUUUAAGCAGGGUUGGUUGCUGCCAAUGGGAGCUUCAUUUUGUAAUCAGAAUUAUAAACUGCAACCAUAAAAGUCUUAAAUAGCAUUUAGUGUUUGCCAUUUAUAUAAGCGUAACUUGCACUACAACAGAAUGCUUCUAAUAUUAGAGAGAUGGUUAUUCAUUAUUUGAACUGGAGAACUUGUCAGAGCUCAGGGAGGGGAAGAAGACAAAUUGCAGAGUGUUUGGCUGCGGAAGAAACAUUUUUUUUUUUUUCUUUUUGUCAAGUAAAGAUUUCUGGAUUGAAUCCCGCAUUUGCAAAUGCACGCAUGUCACUAAACCUGCAGGUGUGCUGUACAUGCUAAGCUGCAGUUAAAAUGUGAAAUAUGAAUUUGACAUUCAGAGGAAUACCAAGCAGUUUUGUUGUCACCGCAGCACUCAGAGUGACACACUCCAGAAGCCGCUUGGCUUCAUCUCAGGUUCCUGUGAUGCACAGCCUGCGCCUGGCGAAGGCCUUUGUUUGAUACAGACGCUGAAGCUUCAGUGAUGGCUUCCUAUUUAUAACUGUGUCUGCUGCUUCACUAAAUCUGCCUACAGAGAACUCACUGAGGUCCUUGUAUUUUUAGAAGGAGCUGCGGGAAGUUGUUUAUGAAUUCCAUAAAGUGCUUUAGUUUGCUUUAUUGGCUCUCAGCUAAGUUGACAUGACCCAUUUUGGAAGUUUCAUAACUUUUAUGCAUGCGUGGAGGUCGAAUCAGCCCAGACACUCACUUUAUGAUUUUGUUGACUGAAGCUGAACAUAAUUUACUCCUUAAUAACAGAAAGCUGGAGGAUAAGUUGUGUUGUAGCAGAUUACGCGAUGAAGUUUAUUUGUGGCUACACAGAAUUUUUUCAGUUUAGGUUUGAUAUUACAGAUCACAGAUGUGAUUUGUAAUCUCUCUGUUUCUCCUCACACUAAGACAUUCAGUAAAUCUAACAGUUUAGUUGCUGUUUCUCUUCCUUCUUCUUCUGCUUCACCUUUUUCUGACUGGCAGGUGAAAGUUUAGCUGCUGGAGAUGUGAUGUCUUUGUAGGAAGUCACAUUCCGUCUUUAACAUUUAACUUUGUUUGUAAAGUAAUUCAGAUUUCUCAGGCUUUGCUUGUAUUAAAGCUACAUUAGGCCAGAAUUUGAUAUGAAAAAUCACAAUAAACGGGGUCACUGUUGCUUAUAUGGUUGGCUCUGUGCUAACAGAUGUUUCCAGAGCUAAUCUACAGCUUAUCACAUAAAGGCCAGACUGCUGUAUUGUUUAGUCCAGACAGUGUCAAAAAAUUGUAAAAAAUGCUCAUCAUAAUUUCCCCUUGCUUGCCCCUUAAAAACCUGGUAUUUCACAAGUGAUCAUAAAAAAAUAAAGGUUUUAGGCUUAAAUUUUGCCAGUUUAUCCAAAAAUCGACAAGUCGAGCCAAUGAUGAAGGUAUUUAGGGAGUUCCGGAGAAUGACAUGCGUCCAAUGUCCCCGGCCGGCAAGGAAGACUGAUUUGUGGAAACUGUUUUUCACAGUGAGUUGAAGUCAGGGGAACAUAUUGUCCCAACAAAGCACUUAUGGUGCACUUUCAAAAUAUUCGGUUCUAAUGCAAAGUGUGUGUUCACGGCUGCACACUGUAGUAAAUGAGGUAAAACAUAUACAAACACUGGUAUGGUCCUAGCCAUUAAUCCAAAUCCCAAAUAAACAAAACAGCAGUGAGCAAAUGGCAUUUUUCCUUCUUACCCUCUUUGCCCUUUGGUAUAAAACAUAAAACACCACGCACGUGCAGUUUACUGACAUCACUCUUCAGGAUUCUUGGGUGUUUUAAUUUCACAGUUUCCAGACCCUUUGCUUCUAUCUGGAUCUGCCAGCAGGAAAGGUAACCUGGCAGAGCUUUAAAAAGCAAGAGGCCACCUGUCAGCUCUCAUGGACUUCUGCACCUAUGUGUUUACUGUUUGCCUGACAGGUCAGGUCUUUACAAAGCAUUGGAAAGCAAUAGUUCAUGUUUUCAGACCCUCAUCCAAAUGUCUUAAUUCACCCCCCUCCCCCACUCAUUCGGCUCUCUCCCUAAACGUGCCCUGGCUGCACAAUGCUGGCCUGAAUAUGGAGCCCGUCUGCUUCACUCCAUAAAUAUGCCAAGCUCUUGUUUUGUUCAAUCAAAGUAUAAAUUCUGCCGUCUGGUUCAUUAUAAUCUUAACCUAUAAACAGUCUUGGUGCACAUGGAGCGUUCCCUUUAAGACUUGUUAAAGUAUCUGACCCUGAUUCCGAUGGGGUUUCGACUUACGGCUUAAAAUAACCAGUACAAAACAUGAUUGGUUUCAAGGCAGUUGAAGGCUGCACAAGGGAUUUGGGGAAAAAAAAGCAGAUGAGAAGAGGGCAGGCAUGCAGGGAAUGUCCACUUAUCUAAGAUGAAAAAUGGACUUUGUUCCAUAAUAGGAAUGUUGAACAAAUGACUGGUUGGUUUGUUUUGAAACGUUCCUGCUGGCUGGUCAGCAUAAACAGAACUGGCCAUUCUCUUUGAUUAAUUAUUGUCUUAUUAAAGUGAAUAAAGUCAGAUUCUGCUCUGAUGUUCAAAAGCACACAAUUUAUCUGUUGAAGGUGAUAAAUAAAACUGAUGAAUAUGUUUGUUUAGUAUUUAUUGAAUAAAUUGUACUGUUGACGAGUUUGUUGUCCUCACGUCUUUGCAUGACUCAGACUUUCAUACAAAGGUCAUGAACAUGUUUUUUUCAUACCCUGCCACCUGAGUACAUGAAUGCUGGACUGUAUGUCCUCAUGGUGGCGUCUGUCUGUCUGUCUGUCUGCUCUCUGUAAAUGCAAUCCAGGAACAGAACAUGAUGGAUACUUCAUCCUGACGGCGUAGCUUCUGGAUAGUGCUGUGCUGCUAAUGCAAGAUACAUGUGUAAUAUUACUUCAGCUUUAAGUCCAUUAAUCUUAAACAUGAUCCAUGUUGUUCAGACAAACAUAACUAUAAGGGAUUAUGAAUAUGCUACUCUAAACCACAAGGAAAUGUAUACAAAAUGAU